GCGGCGCGGCGUGACCACGGGCCGGGAGGGCGGCUCUCGCGCGGCAUUCGGGCGGCCGCCGCCGCGCGCUCCGCCCGCACCAUGUCGGUGCGCGUCGAUCACCGCGAGCGCGACCGCGAGCGCUUCUCGCGCCACUCGUCGCGCGCCUCCGUGGACCUGGCCUUCCCCAGCAGUUCCACGCGCGACCACUCGCUGCGCUCCGUGCACUCGGCCCGCGUGCCGAGGGCGGCCAGCGAUGACUUGAUGGUGCCCGUGCGCACCCUGCGCUCCGCCUCGUGCCGCGUGGCCCCCGGGGCCCCCCAUCGCCUGCGCCGCCACCACUCGUCCGCCGCGGAAUGCGAGCGCGCGCGCCGCUCCCGCCGGCACACCCUCGAGCUGCCCAACAGCCGCGGCCCCAGCGUCCGCAGCCGCUCGCCCGAGCCGCCGCCGCCGCCGCCGGAGCCCGAGGUGCCCCCCGAGGACGCCGGCAAGGAGGCCCGCCGGCGCCGCGUCGUGGCCGCCGUCGCAGCCUCCUUCUUCGCGCUCGCGCUGGCGUCGGUCCUCGUCGUGGUGGUGACGCUCACCCACAGCUCAGUGCUCCGAGCUCACAAUCAAACGGCCAAGUACUACACGUUCUCCGUGCCGCCGCACCAUCCUCUCAUUCGGCAGGAGAACGAGCGCAUGAUGUACGACGUCCUCCAGGCGGGAGUCUUAAAUCGCACCCAGUCGUCGGGGGCAUCGCGCUGACGCCGCGCUACUCGCCGCGCCCGCGGAUCGACAACGUCCGGCCGGCCGCCGCGCCGCCCGAGGAGCCCCCCGACAGCGGCCCCCAGGAGCCCGGGCCCGACCACACCGGCGCCGGCGCACUGCCCAUCACGGGCCACCCGCACGUGGCGCCUCUGACGGGCCACGCGGCGAGCGACGCCCCCGUCGGGCACUCGUGAGCCACGACGCUCCGGCGGCCACCAGCCUCGCCCAUGACCAGUGACGUCAUACUGUGACACUGUACAGACAGAAUUUUUACCCGUUCGUGAUUUGAGUGACGAUGCUGUGUAGGUAGAUAAAUGUGAAAUUGUGAAUAAAUAGUCAAGAAUGAAAUGUUAAUUGUUCAAGUGUAACGGAUAGGUUAUUAAAAGACAAAUUGUCAAUAAUCCACGCAAGAAGGGUAUUUGACUAUUUUUGGUGUAGGUAUAGAUAGUUCGGGAAUUUAUGUUAAAGAUUGGGAGCUUAUGUCUUGAGAUGGAGCGAACUUGGUGUGGCAAUGCUAUCUAUGCUCUAAUAGGUAGGUACAUGCUUAACGCAUGUGACUGAAAAAAUACUCGUGUGAAAUGUUAAGAAGUUAUUUAACUAAUUAAGUAUCUGCGCUUAAGAAAGUGUCCAUCUUCAGUAACCAAGUAAUCUUUUAGCUUACAAAAGUAGACAAAUACCCUAUUGUAAUUAUAACUUAAGACUUCAAUUAUUAUGGGAAGCUAAAGGAAGAAAUCUAACUUAACUUUGUGUUUUAAUAUCUGUAAUAAUAAUGGUAUUAGUAAACUAAAUAAGAAUUUUAUAACAUCAAGGGAAUUGUUGCCACAUCGAAGUGGUUAAUAUUCCCUUUGUUUUACCUCUUUAUAGGCGUUAUGACUUUGAAGUUACAAACACUUGAUUCAAUACCUAAACAUAAACCUAUUAAGGUUGAAUGUUCGAUUUGGGAACAAUGUUUAUCCGUAAGUUACAUUUCUUUCUUUAGAAUGUAAUUAGAAUAAAAUACAAAAAUAAAUGUGGAACAGGUGCCAUAAUAAGCACAAUGAAGUAUACCUAGUCAAGUAUAUGUAAAAUGACGCCGAUAUGAAAUAAUGUAGAAUACUAGCUAUUGAAAUGGUGUAUGAGAUGUUAAUGAUGAUAUUAUUCUGUAAUGAAAAUUUAAAAGCCUAUAAUUUUACUAAUAAGAGCACAAAGUAAUAUAUUGUUUAAAUUAAUCACAGUACACUUGUAUGCUAAUAUAUCCAUAAGCUUGGAUCUGUUUAUUUUCUAUUUCCGAACGAACUAACGCUUGGACACUUGCUGAUAUUUCAUAGCCCAUUAUGAACCAGAUUCUAGUCAAAUGAGCUUUCGAAUUUGUGCUUAAAUCUGUUAAGAAUAAGAGCUUUUUGUAAAGUAGUUGUUGUAGAUAUUAUUCUAAUGUGCAACGAUGGGAAUUUCUUGUCGAUACAAGCAGGUACGCUUCAAUAAACUUGUCGUGGGACAUGGUGUUGGGUUGUCACAGGAUUGUGGGCUGUAUUGCGGGUAGAUAAGUGUUAAUGAGGCGUGCACCUGUGUGGGUCGUGCUCGGGUGAGCGGCAAGGGAGAGGCAUCGGCCCGCAGCCCCGCACUCUCUUCUUGGCUGUUGGGUAAUCUGGCGGCUUGACGUCAAAGUUACUG